AUGAGUGAGAAUGAGGCUACAGAACACAAUCCUACCCACGACGCUUUCAACAUCAGCGGUGUUGUCCAAGCGGCACAAGAAGAAGCUCAAACGCAAAAAGAAGCGAGGACUGGUGACAAGGUGAACCUUCCAACAAACGACUUAACAUUGAUGCAUGAGGCAAUUCCAUUUUUACCAGUGCCUGUAGCUCUGCUUUGCUUACUGCUAAACGUGGUUAUACCUGGGACAGGUACGGUACUUUCUGGGAUAUCGGCAUUAUGCCUCGGACAGCCACGUGUAAACCUGAAAGAGGGACGAAAGCUUGUAACGUUGGUACGUUUUGAAUGAUU